UCAGUUUUGGAGCAUACUACAGUAAACAUGCGCUGUGGUUUAUACGGCUCCCAUGUUGCUCUUUGUUAAGGUGUUUGUGAUCAUAUUAUUCCGCAGAAAGGAACAUUAACCAUUCCUACAUUUUCAGUCAUCAUGAUUCUGAUAACAUUCCAGUUUCUCGCAGCCUUGUUAGUAAUCUCGUCAGCAGAACGAUCAACUGAUGACAACGCUGUAGUCUCGAGAAGCAAACGUCAGUGUCGCACGUGCUUGGUCGGAAACCAGGUGCGCGAAGGAAAUCGUGAGUUCAGCUACACGAAGGAAUGCUUCAAAUACAAUUGCUUCUGCAAAUGUGACGGUUCCUGGAACUGUCCCGAAGAAAGGUCAGAGAACAUUUGCAACACCAACCCCCGAACCGGCUGUAGUUAUUGCACGGUAGAUGGCAGCCGGUACGAGGGGAACUCUCGCUUUAAACACGUGAACGGUUGUCUGGAGUUUGAUUGCAUGUGCAACUGCGAUGGUAGCUGGAAUUGCCCAGCUGAGCGCACGCGGGACACAUGCAGGAUAGACCCUAAGACCGGAUGCUCCUUUUGCGAAGUUGGCGAUAAACGUUACACAGGUAACGACUAUUUCAAGUACGUGAACGGCUGUAUCGAGUACAACUGCGUCUGCAACUGCGACGGUUCCUGGAACUGUCCCGGUGAGCGCGCGAAAGAUUUGUGUCGUCAGAAUCGCACAACCGGUUGUUAUUACUGCGAGAUCGACGACUACAUUUACCAGGGCGGCUCGCGCUUUGAUCUUGUUCGUGAAUGUUUUAAAUACCCCGCAUGUAACUGUGCAUGCGAUGGCGGCUGGACGUGCGCGCACACGCGCGGGAUCAGCGCCUGCAAUGAGCGCGGGAUCGAGAUAUCCGAGUGCACCUCUUGUCGCUUAGGUGGAAAGGCGUACCGCGGGAAUUCCAUGUUUUAUUACGACCGUGGAUGCAUUAGGUACAUAUGUACUUGCUCGUGUGAUGGUACACUCUUUUGCCCCUCACAGGACGUUCGCCAAAUGUGUUUAAGCGACGAUUUCAGAAGCGGCAGCGUGAUUGAGAGUCUUUACGCGCAGGGAUCCGGAACCGGCAGUAGCUCAACAAGGCGCCAGACGCAAGGCUGCUCCCGAUGUUCGUCCGACGGAGUCACAUACGAACCGAACUCGUCGUUUCAAAAGAAGGAAGGCUGUAAUCUCUUCGUCUGCAACUGCCGCUGCGACGGAACAGUGAACUGCCCAAGUGAUCAAGUCAUCAACACCUGUGUGGGUGCGCAACGGCAGACCGCGGGCGUUACUGGGACUGUCGGUGGCCAAGGAAUAGCUGCGGGCACAGGUCAGACGUCCGCAACGGGAAUUUAUACAGACAGUGGCAGAACAAGCGGCGUCGGUAGGACGCUAGUCGGAUCGCGUUUACCGGGUAUCAGUAGCGGUUCCGCUGACGACGUCGGCAUCACUGGCGUCGGCACUUGCCGCCAGUGUAAACAUAAGGACCUGACGUUUGAAGGCGGCCGAAAAGUCUCGUUCGAACUCGGCUGCUUCCAGUACAACUGCGAGUGCCGCUGCAACGGAGACCUGGUCUGCCCAUCCGACAAGUCCCGCUACAUUUGUCCGGGGCCACUCGAGUGUAUCGUAUGCAAACCGAAUCUGGUUCCAGGCCUUGUCGUGCAACCGAACACGACCUUCACUCUGACGGCGGGUUGCGCUUAUUAUAACUCGUGCAGGUGCAACUGUGAUGGCGGAUGGACGUGCGGGGAAGGAAUUUACACGUGCGAAAUUCAACAAGGAUGUGAAGUAGCCGGUAAAAGGUAUGCAAGUGGGUCAAGAUUCAAUUACACGAACGGAUGUGAUCUGCUCUUGGACUGCGCGUGUCAUCAAAACGGAAGUUGGUUCUGCGAGGGAGGACGCAAUAAGACCAUCGAUCUGUGCGGUGGGUGCCGGAAGUGCAAGAUUGGCGACCGGUUUUACAAUGGGGGCACAGCCCCAUUUUCAGCCGAGGUGGGUUGCACGCGCUAUCAGCAGUGCACCUGUAACUGUAACGGUGCGUAUUCGUGCACGGGCGGGAUUUACACGUGCACACGUGGAGACCAGCCGCCUGACCAGACCUGCGAGGACUGUGUUCACGACGGCCGAACAUACCGGAACGAACAGAGCUUUGAUUACCGCACGAAAUGCCAAGACUAUCGCUCGUGCCAAUGCAAAUGCGGUAAGACCACGUGUCGCUCUGUCACGGACACAUGCGGAGAUUGUCGAUCUUGUCACGUGAACAACGUGGAGUAUCCGGGCGGGUCAAAGUUCAAUCUCCGGGUCGGCUGUACAUCGUACACGGACUGCGACUGUUCCUGCGACAGCACGUGGAAAUGCUCUGGAAAGAGCGCCGUGGACACGUGCAACACGUGCCGAAAGUGCGAAGCGGAAGGCCGGACGUACGACCCCUAUUCGAAGUUCACGUUGGACAAAAAUGAUUUCCGGUAUCAGUGUUUCUGCCUCUGCAACGGGACCGCUUAUUGCCCGGCCGCCAUUGUGGUGAAUACGAAGUCGGUGCAACAGCCGUGCUCGCAAUGUACAGUCGCUGAGAACGGCGGGCGUGUUGUCCGCGGGAAUUCGCAUUUCGAUUUCCAACUGAACGGCAUGGGCAUGUACUGCCGCUGUAAUUGUGACGGAAGCUACGUAUGCAUCGGGGAGUGGUACUUUAUCCGCGAGGAUACCAGUAUUUCCGGUUCUGGUGUCGGCAGUGGUAUAAUUUCGGGUGGUUGCUUUCAGUGUGACAUGAACGGGCGUACGUACGCUGGCGACACGCGCUAUGUCAUUAGCAGGAAUGGGAUCACCCUAAACUGCGAAUGUUUCUGCAACGGUGGCUAUUACUGCUACGGAGAAAAACAAUUUGAGAAUCUGAGCUGCAGAAGCUGCUCCGUGUACGGACGGCGCUACGAAGGGGAAUCCCGAUUUUCUCUUGUCUACAGCGGCUUGAAACUCUCGUGCCAAUGCUCAUGCGAUUCUAGCUAUAUUUGUUACGGAGCAGACUCAACGAUCGUCAUCACGUGCCCGACCGGAAGUGGAUGCCUUCCGACGACUUGUAACCAGUGCAUAGUGGACGGCGCGCGUUUUAAUGGCGGUGACGAAUUCGGAACGGUGUACAAGAGUCAGAACUUGCGCUGCUUGUGCGGAUGCGACGGCUCUUAUUACUGCGAAGGGGACGGAGGACUGCUCAUUUCUUGCGGCGUAAACGGUCGCUGCGUCGAGAUCGGCUGCGGUUCGUGCUCAGCGUUUGGAACUACCUACCCCGGCGAGCGCCCCUUUGAGGUGUACGCGCUCGGUAUGAAGCUCACCUGCAAUUGCGAAUGCGGCGGAAGUUACGAAUGUUAUGGCUACGACGAGGAGAUUAUGGUGCGCUGCAGGCCGGACGGAACCGGAUGUCUUCCUAGCACUUGCGCGCCAUGCCUAGUGGGGCGGAACCGAUACGCAGGCUUGGCCCAGUUCCGUCAUAAUUGGAAUGGGCUCGAUAUGAUGUGCACGUGCGCUUGUGAUGGGUCCUACUAUUGCACGGGUAUCUCGGAAGUGGUGGAGGUUUCCUGCGUUAACGGGCAGUGUCGCCGGCUCGGCUGCGGCCUGUGUAGAGUUUACGGCGAGGUGCACGAGGGAGACUCGAGCUUUCCGCUUAUCUACGGUGGCAUGAAGCUGCAGUGCCAGUGCUCAUGCGACAGCGGAUACGUGUGCCGCGGCGUCACCAAUGAAAUCGUGGUUCAGUGCGUAGGCGGAAGAGGGACCGGAUGCCUCGUCGGUCGAUGCCUUACAUGUUCCGUCGAUGGUCGAGAGUUCGCGGCGAUGUCGCAGUUUCGGUCUAGGUACCAAGGGAUUGAUAUCCAAUGCACAUGCGGGUGUGACGGAAAUAGCUACUGCGUUGGCGUCACCACCAGUAUCGAGGUGUCUUGCCGUGGCGGAUCGUGCGUGAGAAUCGGAUGCAAGGAUUGUUCAAUAUUUGGGAGACCUUAUCUUGGCGGCGCUAUGUUCGAUAUCAUAUAUGGUGGCAACAAAAUCACGUGCGACUGUGACUGCGAUGGUGGAUACGUGUGCAAAAGCGAAACUGGGGUCGUAAUCGUCCGCUGCGUUGGCGGCAUCGGAAGCGGCUGCCUGACCGAGAGUUGCAAUCAGUGCGUCGCAAAUAAUAGGCGAUACGAUGGAGGUCAAAUGUUCCGCAUGGACUAUAAGGGAAUCGCCGUUGAAUGCACAUGCUCGUGCGAUGGGUCUUAUUACUGCACGGGAAUUACAGAGAUUAUCGAGAUAUCAUGCGGCGUUAACGGCGUUUGCCAACCGAAAGGAUGUAAAACGUGCUCAUUGUUCGGACGAGAUUACGAGGGCGCCAGCCAAUUCCAACUCGUCUAUUCCGGCCUUGUGUUAGACUGCGAAUGCGGAUGUAACGGGGAUUAUACUUGCUACGGUGAGGGCCGAACUACGAUCUUUCAAUGCCGUGGCGGAAUCGGAAAUUGUAUGACGCGGCAGUGCCAAAGCUGCCAGCUGGACAACGGCCAAACGAUCCCCGCCUUUUCCGAGGCCACCCUUCGUUACAACAACUACGAUGUGCGGUGCCAAUGCGGCUGCGACGGGUCCGUAUACUGUAAAGGCGUCAACACGGGCCUUAUCCUGACUUGCAUCGGAGGAAAAUGUAUCCCAAUCGGCUGCUCCCCGUGCAUGAUAUACGGUCAAAGGUUCGAGUCGUUUUCAAUCGUGGAUGUCGUGACUGCCGGCUACAGUGUGCGGUGCCAGUGUGGCUGCAGUGGUGGAUACACGUGCAGCGGAUCCGGGUAUGAAAUCCGAUGUGUGAACGGAACCGGAAGUGGCUGUCUCGUUGACACCUGCCGUACGUGCUCGCUGAAUGGGCAGACGGUUGCGGGAAAGUCGGUGUUUAAGUACCGCUACAACGGCAUUGAUAUGUCCUGUACGUGUGGGUGCGACGGGUCUGUUUUCUGUAAAGGUGUUACGGAAAUAAUUGAGAUUCGGUGCAUCGACGGGAAGUGUUAUCCCUUGAACUGUAGAACUUGCACGAUUUUUGGUCAGGAGCGCGCGCCGUUUUCGCGGACAAAAUACGUUGUACAGGGAUUGGAAGUUGAAUGCGCGUGCGAUUGCGAUGGCGGAUACCAGUGCUUUGCUCAGGGAAAGCCGGUGCAGAAAUGCGAAUACGGACGCACGUGCUAUACAAAUACGUGCCGGGAUUGCGUCGUCGAUGGCGUCAGACGCAAGUUCGAAGAGAGCUUCCCGUACCGCUACAAGAACAAGAUCGACAUGACGUGUCGCUGCGGAUGUGACGGAACAUCUUACUGCGAGGGUGUCGAGGAAGUGAUUUACGUUUCGUGCAUUGGAGACACGUGCGGGCAAAUUAACUGCGGAACUUGCAGCAUCUUCGGACGCGACUACCCGGGCGAUUCGGAGUUCGACAUCGUUUACAAGGGGGUCACAGUGCGUUGCGGCUGCAACUGUGACACGAGCUACAGGUGUAAGGGGCAUUCGGAGGAGUUUGAAUGCGCAGCGGGGAAGCGGGGAGGUUGUCUACCGCAGCGCUGCCGAGUUUGCCGCGUCAACGGAAACAGUUAUGAAGGUAUGUCGUCGUUCAAGUACAACUAUCAAGGCGUGGACAUGAAUUGCGUUUGCGGUUGCGAUGGGACCUACGCGUGUAAAGGCGUGAACGUGGUGAUUGUGAUCGCGUGCCAGCGUCGCGAAGGCUGCAGGAUAAUCAGCGGUUGCCGCGACUGCGAUAUAUAUGGCGUGCGCGUUCCCGGAAACGGGAAAGGCCAGUUCCUUUACGACGGAUACGAGAUGGAUUGUCAGUGCAAGUGCGAUUCCAGCUACAGAUGCCUGGGAACUAAGAACGAGACCAUAGUAGACUGUGGCCCUGGAAGGAGCUGCUUAACGUCGUGUGGGAGUUGCCGAAUUGACGGGCGCGAUUACCGGGGAAACACGCAGUUCGACGCAGUGAUUAAAGAGAAGAACAUGCUUUGCCAGUGCGGUUGCGAUGGGUCGUAUCACUGCACUUAUAAGAAUGACGGCUCGGAAUACAUUUGCGACAAACGAGGCACUUGCACUUGGAAAGGAUGCUCAACGUGCGUAUCGGACGGUCGCCGUUUUGAAGCGUUUGACAAAUUCGAGAAAUUGUACGACGGUAUUCGCGUAAGCUGCGGUUGCAACUGCGACGGAAGUUACCGCUGCACUGGAAUUAACGUCACCAUAACCAUUGUCUGCACUGGAGAAGUUUGCCGCACGGAAGGCUGCAGGUCGUGUACCAAUAACGGGCGUCAUUAUAACAACGGCGAGGUAUACGAGGAAGCCGCCGAUGGCUCGUAUAGGAAGCGAUGUCGGUGUCAGUGCGACGGAAGCGUAACGUGUGAAAACAUUGUUCAACCUCAGUGCACGAACUGCGUCAUUGAUGGGAAAACGUACAAGGGUCACUCUCAACAUCGCGUCUACCGCAACGAGGUGUCAUUCAUCUGUGCCUGCCAAUGCAAUGGGCAACACACGUGCGCGCCGGAAGAAGUCCGUAAGUGCCCACAAUGUUUGAUCGGUAAUACAAGGUACGAUGGGAACACCCGGUUCCAAGCUGUGCUCGAAGGCAGCCGAAUGGAUUGCUCGUGCGAUUGUGAAGGAAGGUUCAUUUGCACGGGCGAUGGCCGGCAGUGUACUUCUGAGGCCGGAUGUGUAACUGUGUGCAAACAGUGCACAAUUGACGGCCAAGUUUUCCGCGGAGGAGCGACGGCGUCCCCACUGCGCGUGUUCGGCGAUGACAUGACCUGUACGUGCGGUUGUGAUGGGGCAUAUGAGUGCAGAAGUCCGAAGAAGGUAUGCACGCUUGCAAGUGGUUGCGUCAGCACAUGUCAGGAAUGUGUCAUCGGAGGUAGAAGAUAUGAGGGAAAUACCCGUUUCCAGGCUGUACUUGAAAGAAGCCAAAUGGAAUGCUCCUGCGAUUGCGAGGGAAGGUUCGCUUGCACCGGUGACGGCCGGAGUUGUACUUCCGAAACCGGAUGUGUUAGUGUAUGCAAACAGUGCACAAUCGACGGCCAGUCGUUCCGCGGAGGUGCCGCAGCUUUCGCUGCACGCGUGUUUGGCGAUAACAUGACCUGCACUUGCGGUUGCGACGGGGUAUAUGAGUGCAGAAGUCCGAAGAAGGUAUGCACGCUUGCACGUGGUUGCGUCAGCACAUGUCAGGAAUGUGUCAUCGGGGGAAGAAGAUACGAGGGAAAUACCCGGUUCCAAGCUGUACUUGAAAGAAGCCAAAUGGAAUGCUCCUGCGAUUGCGUGGGAAGGUUCGUUUGCACCGGCGACGGCCGGAGUUGUACCUCCGAAACCGGAUGUGUUAGUGUAUGCAAACAGUGCAAAAUCGACGGCCAGUCGUUCCGCGGAGGUGCCGCAGCUUUCGCUGCACGCGUGUUUGGCGAUAACAUGACCUGCACUUGCGGUUGCGACGGGGUAUAUGAGUGCAGAAGUCCGACGAAGGUAUGCACGCUUGCACGUGGUUGCGUCAGCACAUGUCAGGAAUGUGUCAUCGGAGGAAGAAGAUACGAGGGAAAUACCCGGUUCCAAGCUGUACUUGAAAGAAGCCGAAUGGAAUGCUCAUGUGAGUGUGAUGGCAGGUUCGUUUGCACCGGCGACGGCCGACGAUGUACCUCAGAAACCGGAUGUGUAACUGAAUGCAAGCAGUGCACAAUUGACGGCCAAGUGUUUCGCGGAGCAGCAACGGCCUUUGCCGCGCGCGUAUUCGGUGAAGACAUGACCUGUACAUGCGCUUGCGAUGGCGUGUACGAGUGCAGAAGUUUAACAAGGGUAUGUACGCUUGCACGUGGCUGUGUGACCACGUGUCAGGAGUGUGCUAUAGGCGGAAGACGUUAUCCGGGCGGCAGCACCGCAUUUGAUGCGGUAAUCGACGGAACUACCAUGCGAUGCAGCUGCGAUUGCAAUGGGGGUUACGACUGCAGGAGUCCUAACCGGCGCUGCACUCCGACCGCAUGCGUUGACAUCUGCUUCGCGUGUAGCAUAGCUGGUCGCGAGUACGAAAGCGGUACGACGUUUGACGCUACGUUGGAUGCCACACAAAUGCGUUGCACUUGCGACUGCCAGGGUAAUUACGAAUGUAGAGGCUCUAACAAGCUAUGUACUCCGUCAGGAUGCGUAAGCACGUGCCAAUCGUGCACUAUCGGCGGGAGACAAUACUCUGGCGGAACCACCUUCGAUGCUGAUUUUGAUGGAACGAGAAUGCGAUGCAGCUGUGAUUGUCUUGGAAGUUAUGAAUGUACGGGUGGUGACGGGCGCAUCUGUACGACUCUUCGAGGUUGUUACAGGGAAUGUCGGGAAUGUGUCAUUAAUGGGCGGAGAUACAAUAGACCAGACGUCGAAUUCCAAGCGGAUGUUGGCGGCGUGCGGAUGACCUGUCGCUGCGAUUGCGUUGGGGGCUACAGAUGCGUAAGUGAAGGCAGAGUGUGCACUGAUCUCUCUGGUUGUACGGAAACAUGCCCUGGUUGCGUGAUCGAGGGACGCCGCUACGCUGGUAAUACGCAAUUUGAGAUCUUCCACAGCUCGUACGGAAUAAAUAUGCAAUGCGCGUGUGAAUGCGGUGGUAGCUAUAAGUGCAAUGGCACUAAACAGACGCAGAAAUGUUUUGGCGACGGGUGUCCGGUCAAUGGCUGCAAUGAAUGCGAGAUUGACGGACGACGCUACGCAGGAAACUCGCGUUUUGAAGCCAUGAUUGAUAAUGUUCGCAUGCAAUGCACGUGCUCUUGUAGCGGAAAUUACCGAUGUGAAGGGAACGUCACCGAUACGAAGUGCUACGGCACUGGGUGCAGCGAAGUAACAGGCCCGUGUGGACAAUGCAACGUGCGCGGUAAAUGGUACGCCGGAAAUACGCAGUUUGCUGUGCUGAACGACGAUGGCAUAGUAAUGGAAUGCACAUGCGAAUGUAAUGGACGGCAUACGUGCGUUGGCAAGCGUUCGAUAACUGUGUGCGACGAAAGUGGCUGUAAAAAUACGGGCGAAAGCUGCCUGUCGUGCAUCGUGGAUGAUCGCGAAGUACCUGGUAAUACACGCUUCCAGCGGACGGAGCGCGGAAUCGACAUGGACUGCGUUUGUAAAUGCACAGGGGAGUAUAAGUGCGAGGGACGGCGGGUCAUUUGCGAAGGGCCGAACUGCGGCACUUCCGGUUGCAAACGUUGCGUAAUCGACGGAGUCCCUUACACGGGAAACACUCGGUUUAACUACAAGAAGGGAAACGCGGAACACCUGUGUACGUGUUUCUGCGAUGGGACUCACAGCUGUACUGGAUCCGGAUUUGAGAUCUCCUGCCUCGGUGGCGAAUGUGCUGCCGACAAAUGCAGGAACUGCGUCCUGGACAACACGGAGUACCAGCUAGACUCCCGCUUCCGGCUUCAGAAGGAGGGCCUGACGAUGAGUUGCGUUUGCGAAUGCGACGGCGCAUAUCGAUGCUUCAGUAUUUCCGGAACCUGUUUAGGAAAGGAGUGCGACAGCUACGGCUGCAAAUCGUGCUCGGUCGACGGCCGCUCAUACGCCGCCAAUUCGGAAUUUGAGCUAAAUGGAAAAAUGGUGUGCACCUGCGCUUGCGACGGCCAGUACAACUGCCGCUCCAAGCAUUUCGCCGUCACAUGCACUGGCUCCGAUUGCGGAACGCAGGGCAGCAGCUGCAAACGAUGCAACGUCGAUGGCGACAUUUACGAAGGAAACUCCCGUUUCCAGAUCACCAAGUACGGACUGUUCAUGCAGUGCGCGUGUAACUGCGAUUCCACGUAUACUUGCCGCGGCUAUCAGAUAAUUUCAACCGGCGAGCGACCGGAAGAGGUUGGCUGCAGAUCAUGCGAGGUAGGAGACCGGAGAAUCAACGGAAACACCCGAUUCCAGAUGAUGGUCGACGGUGAGCGACAGGUAUGCUCUUGCAACUGCAAUGGGGAACACUCGUGUAGUACACCGACGUCGGAAUGUCGCAAUUGCUUUAUUGACGGACGGGAGUACACUAGCAACCAGGAUUUCACGUUAACGCGAAACGGAAAUAACAUCCGAUGCACGUGCCAAUGUAAUGGAGAUUUUGUCUGCGUCGGUCGGCGCAUCGAUAAUACAGUCUUUGACGGAUGUAGCACGUGCUCAAUAUUUGGGGUCACUUAUAAAGGGGACACCCGCUUCACGACUGACGUUGGUGGGGUACGAAUGUUGUGCGAAUGUCAGUGCAGCGGCGAAUACAAGUGCCGCGGCUACCGGACCGUCACCAACGUUCUUCUUCCGGCUGAAGUGAAGCCGACGGACACAUGCACGCCGUGCUACGUUGCCGGUCAGGAGCGGCCCGGAAACUCCCGUUUCCAGAUCCAGCGUUCGUGUUACUCAAUUGACUGUAUUUGUGGAUGUGAUGGAAACUGGGAUUGUCCGCAGCAGGUUCCGAGGUACACAUGCACCGGAAAAGAACCUGAGUUUCUUUCGGAGGCCAGACAGCGUCUGCGUUAUAGCAUAGCCGGAAGUCACGUUUACACAAGCGGUGCGCGCCCAAGCGGUCCAGACACCGCCGUAAUCUUCGCCAACGAGGAGUUGACGGCCACGGAGUUUGGCGGUCGCGGCAGUACCGGGUGUAGCGGCCGCUGCUACAUCAACGACCAAGAGUACGCGGCGAACGCCGUGUUUGUGCUUCAGGACGGCUGCCUGCGUUGGUCGUGCACGUGUGAUUGUAAUGGGCAGCUGAACUGCACGAAUGUAAUUGGCACUGACUGCACGGGUACGCUCGGGCCCUGGGACCAUACCCAGUGUAAGCCCUGCACUGCGUUCGGAGGUACCCACGCACCCAACCAGUGGUUUACUGCGAACGACACUUGCUACAGGUAUCGAUGUAUGUGCUCCUGUGACGGGACCUUCGAAUGCCCGCCCCGAAUGACCGUUCAAACUUGCGACCGUCCCGACUUGAUCUUUGACCCGGCAAAAAACACGUGCCGGAAAUGCGUCAUCGGUGAAAAUGAAUAUGCAUUCGGAACCAAGUUCCAGCACGUGGACGAUUGCAACCAAUACGAAUGCACGUGCAAAUGUGAUGGCUCGUACAGCUGUCCCGGCUCCACCGCAGUCAGGGUGUGUAGAGCAGGUAGUGGUUCGGGCGGCCGGCCGGUAAGCACCGGAGGCCUCCCGGAAAUUCCAGUGAGCACCGGUGCGGAUUCUGGAAGGACUUUCAUCGCGAUACGGCCGUCUGGUUUCGGACGCUCGUUUUCUGCUGUGGAAUCCGGGGCAAUAGGAGAAACGUACACAUCAACCUAUAAUAGCGGCAGCGUAGCGGCCGGAAGUGAUGGUCGCAGUGGGUUUUUCACCGAAAGUCAGGUUGCAGGUGGCGGGGGCGGUAGCGGUUCCAGUAGUAGUGGAGUCGGAAGUGGGACUUUUCAUGCAAGUGGAAGCGGCGGUGGAUCUUCGACUUUUACAUCCCGUACUCCAAGCCCAAGGGGCGGCAGUUAUGACGGUUACACACGAGAUUCCUCCCAAUCUGGAAGUAGCGGCGGGAGUGUAAUGCACGAUGGAUGCGAAGAAUGCAUAGUCAACGGAGAGGUGCUGAAAGGCGGGCGCGAUUUCACGUUCAGAAAAGAUUGCGUUGAACACCUGUGCGAGUGUUACUGUAAUGGAACGCACUUCUGCGACCCGGCAAAAUCCGUCAAUUUCUGCGAGGAGGACCGUCAAACCGAGGCACUGGGCUGCAAGGUCGGUAACCGCGUCUACAAGACCAAACUCUUCUCCUAUGUAGAGGACUGCAAGAAGCACGUGUGUCGCUGCUAUAGCAACGGGUCACACAUAUGCGACCAAAAGAAAAUGCGUGUGGUUUGCUGAUUUCGGCACGAAAUUCUGAUGCGCUGAUUAGUUUACGGAGAUCUGACGUGCUGAUUUGGGCGCAACAUUUUAGAGUGCGGACAUUGGCGCAACAUUUUAGAGUGCGGACUUUGGCGCUAACAUUUUGAUGUGCAGAUUUCGGAAUUUUCGAACUCCGGAAUGAUGUAAAAAUUGUAUUUUAAUACUAUUUUAAUGUUUUUGAAUCGUGUUAUGUAAACAAUAUAUAUAUACUUCAAAAUAUGGUAAUUAGUGCGCAUUAAGCGGUACUUCAUGAACGCACUAAAGGAAGAGGAAAAGACGACUUUUCAUCAGAUGCAUUUGAGAAUAGUUCAGGAAAAACAUCUCUGGUUGAAAAGAACAAUGUUAUGUUAGUAAGGUAUUUAGUGCGACAAUAAAAUAUAUUUACCAUUUUACGCGUAAGGUAAUUUUCCUAAUUAUAAUAUGUUUAUGUGAGUGUAAACUGCAGUAGAGGCACAUUUUUCUACACACGGUUUUGUUAUUCUUUUAAGAAAAAAACAACAACAACAGAUGCAAUCAUGACUGCUAUGUUUAAAAACGUAUGCGAUAUUCGUAAUAUAAAAAAAUGAAUAUAUUGAAUAAUGAACAACAGUAAAUGUUAUAGAUUAUGUACUAGAUGCAAUAUUGACCCAUGUUCACGAAGGCAUGUAAAGGGAAAGAAAGAAUCAAAUGAACACUUUAAGAAGUUACACUGUUUGUUAUGGACUUCACAAAUCAUAUUUUAAGCAAAUUGUAUUUUCAUACAUGUUUUAAGUGUGGCUUAAAUUCAACAGAUGUAAACGUUGAAUUUAUUACCACAUCACAUUCUCGUCACAUGUUCUGUCAAAUUAAUGAUUGUUUCCGGUUAUGGAAUGUGCAAUACAAUCGUAUUAUUCACAACCAAUUAACAACUAAUGUAAUAAGCGACUCAUUUCUUAAGUUGUGUGUAAAGAUGUUGAUUUGUGAAAAUAUAAUUGUACACUGCUGUGUUGAAUAUAAACUAUAUUGCCAUUUAGAAUCGAUUAGUUUCAUAGUCAGAAUUGUUCAGUAUACGUGAUAAACACAAGACUUGAAAUAAAGAAUUUUCUAUUUA